AGCAACACGGACCCCUCGAACCCGGCGCAACGCGCACGGCAGAAGAGCAAACAAAAGUUGCAGUUCGCCUCCUCCUCUCCGUCGGCUCUGAUCUCUGCGUGCGGCGGCGAUGGCGUCGUUCUCGGAGGCGCCCCCCGGGAACCCGAAGGCGGGCGAGAAGAUCUUCAAGACCAAGUGCGCGCAGUGCCACACCGUCGACAAGGGCGCCGGCCACAAGCAAGGUCCAAACUUGAAUGGCCUUUUCGGGAGGCAGUCGGGUACCACCCCUGGCUACUCGUACUCUGCGGCAAACAAGAACAUGGCUGUGAUCUGGGAGGAGAACACUUUGUAUAACUACCUGCUUAAUCCUAAGAAGUACAUUCCUGGAACCAAGAUGGUCUUCCCUGGGCUGAAGAAGCCGCAGGAGCGUGCUGAUCUCAUCGCAUACCUGAAGGAGGCCACCUCAUCUUAAGAUGACAUGCUGCCAUAAUAUUUAUCAUGAGGAGACAAUUCGUUUUACAGUUUACUCGUAAUAAAGAGAUUUAGACAAUUUGGGUCACUCUGAUUCAACAGAGUGCAAUCCACGUGACAGUUGUCUUGAGUAUUUCGUUCUUAUGAUGUCGAUGUCAAAUGUCUAGGUGUUUAGCAGAACAAAACAGUCAUACUUUGACGGUUCUUGUUUAAACUGCUGGAGAACCCCAGCGUCCAUAUUUUUUACCACCGGGUGGUGGAACUGGAAUGGACCCAUUUUGAAAGAUUUGAGAUAUUAAAAGCAGAUCUUUCUGCCAAUUUUUUA